UUAGAGUGAGGAUAGUACAGGGAGCUAGCAGUAAAGAUGACGCUUCUGUUUUCAGGUUUAGUACUUUGUGCAUCAGUGUUAGGAGCGGAGAGUUGGGGAAGUUCCUCAGAUAAAAAGGUGCAGUUUGCAUCCUGGGAUGAAGUGAAUGUAAUUGCACAUGGGCUGCUGCAGCUGGGGCAUGGGCUGAAGGAACAUGUGGAUAAGACAAAGGGUCAGCUGAAGGAUAUAACAGGCAAGCUCAGUCAUCAAAAUAACUCUUUGGUAGAUCUGAUAAAGCAAGCUAAGGAGGUGAGAGAGAAUGGCGAGGCGCUGAAGGGAAGGGUGCAGGAGCUGGAGGGCAGGGAUAGGCAGCUGUAUAACUUGUCUGAGGGGCUAAAGGGCAUGGUGCAGGAGAUCGUAGUGGGCAGAGAACAGAUGGACAAGAAGCUGCAGAAUAUGGAAGACAGAAUCCUGCUGCUGGCACCAGUGCCGAGAAACAACCUGAGUGACAAACAUGAUGACGUUAUAAAUAUACAGGCUUUAAUGGAGGCUCAGAACAAGAGAAUUGACGAGCUUUUGGAAAGGAUUAAAUUGCAACAAUACAAAUUGGACAAGCAAAACCUUCAGAUUAAAAGCCUGCAAAGCAAAAUACAAACCAACAAAUUGCAAAGUCAGAAAUGGAGAAUUAAUGCAAGGAAAAUGCUAUCAGUCAAUUACAAGAACCAAAGCAUUGAGGAUCUGAAGGCCCGGCUUCCUUCUGAUUGUCACCAGCUUUUUCUACGAGGGGAAAAUUCUAGUGGAAUCUACACAAUCCAGCCACUGAAUGCUGGACCAUUUGAAGUAUUCUGCGAAAUGACAGCAGAAGGAGGUUGGACGGUCAUCCAGAAACGUGAAGAUGGUUCUGUUGAUUUUGAUCAGCUGUGGGAAUUCUAUGAAAAUGGAUUUGGCAACCUUCAUGGGGAGUUCUGGCUGGGACUGGAGAAGUUAUACCACAUAACUGAGCAAGGUCAAUAUCGUCUACGUAUUGAGCUGCAAGACUGGGAACAAAACACCCAAUUCAUGGAAAGCCAAUUUAUUUUGGGAGGUCCAAGCACAGCAUAUGCUCUACAGCUCCAGGGCCUGGUAUCUGGCGAGCUAGAGAAUGCAAUGAGUGACAUUCGCUAUCUGCCAUUUUCAACUCGAGACAGAGAUCAUGACCUAAAACUUGAUAUGAAUUGCGCUAAACACCUAUCAGGGGGAUGGUGGUUUAGUUCUUGCGGUCAUUCCAACCUCAAUGGCAAAUAUUUCCGCUCCAUCCCUCGACAGCGUCAUGAGAGAAAACAAGGCAUCUUCUGGAAGACCUGGAAGGGCAGAUAUUACCCUUUAAAAUCCACAUCUCUUAAAAUCCAACCCAUGGAUCUUCAACCUACAGUGUAAAGACUAAAACAACAGCCUUGUUAAACUUUUCAUGCAUUUGAAAUAUGCAAAACAGUAUGCUUCAGUAUGGAGGCUACGCGACAGCAGGACAUUGACAUGCAGCGCUAUUCAAGAAGCCAAUGCUGCCGGCCUUUGUCUACACUAACCUUAGAUGAGGAAAAUAUACACCAUUAACAUAUGGGUAGAGUGUAAAGUAUGUUGUUAAUACAAGACUAUAUGUUUUAGUCAUCUUGCAGACUUAGUUCUGAAAAACAAAAAUGUCUGUUAUAAAAAAAACAACAACAACCAAUCGGGGUACUUUUUAUGGACAGCUAAUAUAUAUUUUUUUAUACAAAUUCCCAUGUUCUUAUCUCUGUGCCACUUAUUUAUAGAUUUUCAAGAACUGUAGAAUAAUCUAUUGCAGUUAGACUAUAGCAGUAAUGUAGCUAUGAUUUUUGAUCACUUGCCUCAAAGGCAUAUGGGAAAAAAGAAACAGAACAUUUUAUAGUGGUAUCUACAUCAGAAAAGAUUGAUGAAAAUGAUGGAAAAAUGUCUUGUACAGACAUUGUACACAGACAGUUUUAUUUUGGUUAAAAGAUAAAACCUUUUUUUUUUAAAUCUUUAUAUAUAAUGAAAACAAAUUUGUUACACUUGCAUCUCACUGCAAAAUUGCAGUUAAUACCUUCAGUCAUAUUGACUGACUUAUUAUAGCGACCAAAAAGGUUAAGUAAUGUAAAUAUCUGUGUGUAGGAUGUUUGUUACUUUUUUAAGAAUCUGUAGUUAAUAAUUUGUCUGUAUAUUUAAAUAACUGUAAUUUAUAAACUUUUUUUGUAUAAAAACUUUGCUUCAGUGUUAACAUGUUUUUGCUUUAUCUGUUUCCUUUUUUUUCUUUUGAAUAAAAAAGUUUAAAGUAUA